AUGGACCACUUCAACUUUGGUGUGCUCUACACAAUUCACCAUCACUCCUUUUCGAUGACGAUGGACCACGUCACGCAGGCCGGGGAGGACAGCGUGCUGGUGGCGCGACUUGCGAGCCGCUACUUUCGUCCAGGAGGCGUCGUCAAGGGAGUCGUGCGGCUCGUAAGCCAUCAGCAGAAGCCUGAUGCUCACUCGGAGAUCUCCCACGUGGUGGCACAAGUGCACGGCCACGUCACGGUGGACAACAACCUGUUGACACUACCAGUCGUGCAAUUAGAGCGCAAACCCUCCGAGGAUGACACAAUGGGUGAAGCGUUGCCCGACGUACGCAACUUCUCGGGCGACACUGGAACGUGCAUUUUCCGCUCGGCGCCGUCGGUGCUGCUCUCGGAUAUCAAUAUUGCACCGACUCAGUCGGAGCUGGGAGCUGCCGCUGCGAAGAGUCACGGAGCAAUUGACCUUGUGUCAGCAGCCGAGGCUGCGCGCGAGGAGACUGCGGAGCGCUGCACACGAGAGUUUGCAAUUGCUCUGCCGAAGAACGUCUGCCCCACAUUCCGUGGGUCGUCCGCGAGGGUCUUCUACGUGGUCUCCAUCACGGCGCAAUGUGCAACUACUGGGAGCAAACCUGUGUCGGUGCAUCUGCCGUUCGAAGUGUACGGCUCGGAGUAUUUCUUCGAGGCUGGCACCGUAGCUAGUGCAAGCCACUUCGCUUCGAGUCAGGACAAGGACGAUGGCAGUGCUGCGUCUGAGGUCAAGAACGCCACGACCGCACACAACAAGCAACACGUGGUGGGUGGAACCACUCGCGUCGGACGAAGUUUGUCGCUAGCACCGGCACCUGUUGGUGUCCGUACAGGCAGCGAGAUUGCGUUCGAGUUGCGGCCUUCGCUCAUGCAUGGCCGAGUGGAAACGGAGCAGAUGCAACGCGCACAGACGAGCAUCUUCACGAUUGGCAAGGACAGCAGCCAUCUCGUGCGCUUCCUGCUGACAAAGCAGUUCUACCAACCAGGCGAGGUUCUUCUGGGCGUUUUUGACUUUACUCGCGCUAGCAUCCCUUGCUACGAAGUCUCGGCCACGCUGUGUCUAGAAGAGACGCUCUCGUCUAUGGCGCUGGAUCCCGACCGCGUCGUACAGUCCAAGGUAUUCGGCAAGUUCCAUGAGCGCACGCUGGAUACACUGCAAACGAAUGUUCGCUUCAGCAUCCCGCACGAUGCGCUGCCGACCAUCAAAACGGACCUGGUGCGCUUCCAGUGGCUGCUGCGCUUCGAGUUUUCGGCUGGAGCACCGCCGCAAAAGGAAAGCAACGACGCUCCGACGCAGCAGAGGCAAACGUUCCAGUGGCAGGUGCCGAUCGUGGUGCAGCCUGCGGUUGCUACAGAGCGCAACCAGCUCGCCAACGUACCGCACAAACUUUACUCGGGUAGCACUCGCGUUGCUACACUGUCCGGUGCUGAGCUAACCUACUAA